AUGGCUUCGCAAACUCCCAAGACACCAUCAUCUGGCGUCUCAGAGAACACUCACAGAACUUCACACCCCGCGAUCUCUGGACGUCAAAUCGGUGUUGCCACUAUCCCUUAUGAUCGCCCAGUGGCCCUCAUGACCUCAGGUGCUCCGCUGCUGAAUCCGCGUAGUUGCGUUACCUGUCGCCGGCGUCGAGUCCGGUGUGACAAAACGAUGCCAUGUAGUAACUGUCGUCGGGCUCAGAGCGAUUCUUCAGGACAUAGUGAACGUGAGGCGGAUCUCAUGGAACGCCUGCGAAAGCUCGAGGGGCUCGUCUACGAAAUGAGUGGUCAAGGUGCUGCGAGCGAAAACGACUUGCAAGUGAGCACAAAAGAGUUGCCAAAGACUCAAGAUAAUGCCACUGGCGGACAGAGCAUUGUCGAAGCGGCCCAAGAAAAAGUUGAGAAAGACACCCACAACCUCUGUUUCUCACAGGUCAACAAGCAGCUCGGCCGCCUAGUGCUUCAUGAUGGAGAUUCAACACCCAGAUACGUCCACAGUGGCUUCUUUGUCAAACUCAACGAUGAGUCGCCUCCUCAAAACCCCGGUCAAGUCGAUCAUCACAGCUUUAUCUUUGGCUACAACUCCUCUGACGCUGAUCUCAGGGGUCUUCAUCCACUCCCGGCCCAGGGCUCUUUCCUGUGGCAAAUCUUUCUCGAGAAUAUUGAGCCUCUCGUCAAGGUCCUACACAUUCCCACUAUGAGCAAGCUCAUGGCGCAAGUCAGACGCGGAGAGCAUGAUCUACGUCCUGGUGACGAGGCACUCGUUUUCACCAUAUAUUAUGCGGCUGUAGUUUCUUCAGAGAAGCAAGAAAUCGAAACCAAUCUUGGCGGCUCUCAAGCUCACUUCAUCUCUCAAUUCCGCUUUGCACUUGAACAAGCCUUGGCUAAAUCCAACCUUCUCAACACUACUGACAUGGCCGUGUUGCAAGCAUUUGUCAUCUACCUAACCGUAGUCAAGUGUCAUGAUGACAGCAAAUUCUGCUGGACACUUACAAGCCUGUGCGUGCGAAUGGCUCAAGCUCUCGGUCUCUACCGUGACGGUCAACAGUUGGGCCUUCCUCCAUUCGAGGUCGAGAUGCGUCGUCGUCUCUGGUGGGCAAUCGUCUCUCUUGAUAUCCGCUCAGCCGAGGAAAUGGGCUCUGAUCUUAUCAUAAGCGACAAGACUUAUGACACUCAGCUCCCUUCCAAUAUUAAUGACACUGACAUUGACCCGUCUUUCACCGAGAUGCCUAUUCCACGCCAAGGUCGUACGGACUCGUCUAUAUGCCUAACACGAUAUGAGACGACUGCUUUGACCCGUGGAUUGUUCGCAGCUGUCGCUCACAUGCAGCCUGUAGAUCCUAAGAACGUCGAAAAGAGCCUCGAAGAGCGUGAGCGAAUGCUUGUUGAAGUCUACGAGCGUAUGGAAGACAAGUUUAUCAAGAAUACUAUCAGGGAAGAUGAUCCCGUUUUCUGGGUCGCUUCUCUUAUUUCGAGGAUCAUGAUGGCCAAGGUCGGACUGCUCGUUUACCAACCCGUUCUAUUUCCAGGAACGGGUCCCGAGGCAUCUCACGAGGUUCGUAGUCGGCUGUGGCAGUCAUGUAUCGAAAUCGUCGAGUAUACUCAUAUUCUUAAUGUCGAUCCGGCUUGUCGACAGUGGCGUUGGUUGUUCCUGACCUACCGGCAAUGGCACGCCAUUGCAUAUAUGCUUCUCGAACUCGCCAAACGACCGUGGGGAAUUAACUCCGAGCGUGCAUGGGAAGCCGCGCAGAUCUUAGAAUACGAUCACCCGAUCGACGGCGCAAGUCACUCCGAUCAUACGGCUGUAUGGAUGCCCAUCAAGAGGCUCUUCACCAGAGCCAAACGCCAUCGCGAAGCAGAACUUGUGCGCCUACGCGCCGAUCCCGAGGCUGCCAGGCAACUUGAUCGAGAGGAUAAGCUCAAACCUGUGCUUGAACGCAUUAGUCCUGCUCCUGGGAUGGAGACACGCCUGUCAGAGUUGAGACUGCGUUGGAGAAAAGCUUUCCGAUUGGGGGCCUUUUCCGACGAUGCUGAAUAUCAGAACAUUCUGCCGCGCCCAGAGGAAACUUCUACGUCUAAUGGCCCUGUAAAUUCCGUACCUCCAAACUUGCAGCAACCACAAACAGAUCCUACGCAAUUGAUCAAUCCGCUCAACUUUGACCCCAUUGCGUGGCAGCAGUUACAAGCCGGAAACCCUGGAAUAGAGAUAUACUUCGAAGGAGGCAACUCAGAUUCACAGAAUAUGGGUGGUCUGUAUCCUAGUGGAAACAGCUUAGGGAGCAUGUCAAGUAUUGCUUCACCCGCUGUAUCUGGAGUGGCUUCUACGCAUCGAGCCGAUAAUGACCAUCAGACAAGUGGGGGCCAUCUUUCACCUUGGCCUGGCUCAGAUGUCUUUCAUCAUACACAAGAUCCAGGUUCUUUGGGAGAUAUGGACAACAUUUUCCAAACCAACAAUCUACCAUCUGCCGGUCUUGACUUGAACAUGGAUCCUGGCGAGAUUGAUGACAUCGAUUGGAAGAACUGGGACGAGGCGCUCAGGAGUCUUAGUAGGCCGGCUAUGGGGCAACCAGGAGCCGCUGGGCAAGGAAGCUGGGGAGGGAUGUGA